CUCCUCCUCAGCUCCAGCUGCUCCAGCUGCUUGGUGAUUCUUGGAACCUGCAGCCUCAGGCCUGCUCUGCUCUGACUCAGGCAGAACUUACCUUUGGGAUCUGAGGGGAUAGUUUUGCUUCAUGAACUGACUCUGACCUUUGGCAUGUCCACCUGCCUUCCCCUCCCCCACUGCACAUACCUGUUCCCAGUCCUCGGGCAGCCCAGGAGCUUCGAGGGACCAGAUUCCUUCAGAUAAAGUAGCAGCACUGAGGGGCUCUCAUCCACAGUCAGAUGGCCCAGGGAGAGGCACCCCUUCCCCCCCUCCAGCCUCUCUUUGCAACACACCAUUCCUGGCUGGGCGUGCUUCACUCCACCCGCCUCACAGGCUGCGCGCCAGUCUGCCUCAUGGAGGGAGCCUCACCCAGGCUAGUUUGCAAAUCCCCCAGCACCCUCAUUCCCGGCCCUUCCAGGGAUGGGGAGAUCGCCGCUUCCUCAGACAGUUGCCCUGCCCUAGCAGGAGUCUGGAAAUUGCCCUCACUGAAUAUACCGAAAUGAGGGGACAGAUCAAGGAGCCCUUCUCCAGCCCCCUAAUACACUAGUGCUGGACAGGGGAAUGCCGGCACCUACUGUGUGCCAGAUAUUUGCAAACACCCUUUUCCGAGCUUACACCGCCACCGCUAUGAGGAAGACAGAAUUCCACUUUUGCAAAUAAGGAAACUGAAGCUCAGCGAGGUCAAGUGGCAGGCGCAAGGUCACAUCGCAGCAAGUGGCAGUGAAUGAAUGAUCUAAGGGAGCGACUGAGGGCGCGUGACGGGCCCGCCGGGCACUAGUUCGUGGAGCGUGGCGGGUACGGGCGGUGCACAGCGCCCGCGGCCCGCUCCUGGCGAGCUGGCCCCACGCGGGCCCUCCGCACCCGCUGCCCACAGGAGCGCAGGCUCCCAGAGGCGGGGCCGGGCUCUGCCCCAACCCUGCGAGCCGCCCCGCCCCCGCCCCGCCCCCAGCCCACCCCGCCCGGGACCGCAGACGGCGCCCGGCGGCGGCGCGAACGGCAGCGAGGAGGUUUGCUCCGGGCUUGGUGCUUAGUGCGACUUCCCGCGCAGGGCCCGGUUGGACUAGGGCCCCCGGCCUGAGACGCUGGAGGAUGCGGACGCGGAGGCGGCCUGGGGUAGCGGCGGCGGGAGUCCUGGCGCUCUGCAGGUCAGAAGUUGAGUAGCAGGGGCCUAGGAGGGCUCGAAGCCUUCACAGCGAUGGCAGAGAAGCGACCCCUGAGAACCCUGGGGCCUGUGAUGUAUGGCAAGCUGCCCCGCUUAGAGACAGACUCGGGGCCCGAGCACAGCCUGCCCCACUCUGUUGGUAACCAGGAUCCCUGCACCUACAAGGGGUCCUACUUCUCCUGCCCCAUGGCGGGUACUCCCAAGGCCGAGGCUGAGCAGUUGGCGUCCUGGACCCCAUACCCACCCUUGUACUCUACCGGUAUGGCAGGACCCCCACUUCAGGCGGACAGCCUGCUGACCAACUGCCUGUUCUACCGCUCGCCAGCAGAAGGCCCUGAGAAGAUGCAGGACUCCAGCCCUGUUGAGCUCCUGCCCUUCGGUCCCCAGGCUCACUCCUACCCAGGCCCACCACUGGCAGCGCCCAAACCUGUCUACCGCAACCCUCUGUGCUAUGGGCUCUCAACUUGCCUGGGGGAAGGAGCAGUGAAGAGGCCACUGGAUGUUGACUGGACUCUGGCGACUGGGCCCCUGUUGCCCUCAGCUGACCCACCCUGCUCUCUGGCCCCAGCUCCUAGCAAGGGCCAGACCCUGGAUGGCACCUUCUUGCGGGCGAUGCCAGCUGAGGGGUCCAGUAAAGAUUCCUCGGGGAGCUUCUCCCCAUGCCAGCCCUUCCUGGAGAAAUAUCAGACCAUCCACAGCACAGGCUUCCUGGCCUCCAGGUACACAGGUCCUUACCCUAGGAACUCCAAGCAAGCAAUGUCUGAGGGGCCCUCAAGUCCUUGGACCCAGCUGGCCCAGCCCCUGGGGCCACCCUGUCAGGACACCGGGCCCACCCACUACCCACCACCCCACCACCCACCAUCCCAUCCUCCACAGGCCCUGCCUUGCCCUCCAGCCUGUCGCCACCCAGAGAAGCAGGGCAGCUACAGCCCAGCACUCCCACUGCAGCCUCUGGGGGGCCACAAGGGGACUGGGUACCAGGCUGGUGGGCUGGGCAGCCCCUACCUGAGGCAGCAGGCAGCCCAGGCACCUUACAUUCCCCCACUGGGGCUGGACGCUUACCCCUACCCCUCUGCCCCUCUCCCAGCACCCUCUCCAGGCCUCAAGCUGGAGCCACCUCUCGCUUCACGGUGCCCGUUGGACUUUGCCCCCCAGACACUGAGUUUUCCUUAUGCCCGGGAUGACCUCUCUCUCUAUGGAGCAUCCCCUGGGCUUGGAGGGACACCACCUUCCCAGAACAAUGUGCGGGCUGUACCACAGCCUGGUGCCUUCCAGAGGGCAUGCCAGCCUUUGCCAGCAAGCCAGCCCUGCUCAGAGCCUGUGAGGCCUGCACAGGAAGCCGAAGAGAAGACCUGGCUGCCCAGCUGCAGGAAAGAGAAGCUCCAGCCCCGGCUCAGUGAGCACUCUGGGCCGCCCAUCGUCAUCCGAGACAGUCCAGUUCCCUGUACCCCCCCAGCACUGCCCCCCUGUGCCCGGGAGUGCCAGUCUCUUCCACAGAAGGAGGGCGCAAGGCCACCCAGCUCUCCACCAAUGCCUGUCAUUGACAAUGUCUUCAGCCUGGCCCCCUACCGUGACUAUCUGGAUGUGCCAGCACCCGAGGCCACAACUGAGCCUGACUCAGCCCCAGCCACCAGUGAAGGUCAGGACAAAGGCUGCAGGGGGACCCUGCCCACCCAGGAGGGCCCCUCAGGGAGUAAGCCCCUAAGAGGCUCACUUAAGGAGGAGGUAGCCCUGGAUUUGAGUGUGAGGAAGCCCACGGCAGAGGCCUCCCCUGUCAAGGCUUCCCGUUCUGUGGAGCAUGCCAAGCCUACUGCAGCCAUGGAUGUGCCAGAUGUGGGCAACAUGGUGUCAGAUCUGCCAGGCCUGAAAAAGAUAGACACAGAAGCACCAGGCUUGCCUGGGGUGCCAGUGACCACAGAUGCCAUGCCAAGGACCAACUUCCACAGCUCUGUGGCCUUCAUGUUCCGAAAGUUCAAGAUCCUCCGUCCGGCACCUUUGCCUGCAGCCGUGGUCCCGUCCACGCCCACCUUAGCUCCUGCUCCCACACAGCCUGCACCCACCCCCACAUCUGGGCCCAUUGGACUGCGGAUUCUCGCUCAACAGCCCUUGUCCGUAACCUGCUUCAGCCUGGCACUGCCCAGCCCUCCAGCCGUAGCUGUGGCCUCCCCUGCCCCUGGAGCUCAGGCUCCAGCUUCGGCCCGGGAUCCGGCUCCAACUUCAGCUCCAGCUCCAGUUGCAGGCCCUGCUCCGGCAUCUACUUCAGCCCCAGGGGACUCCCCGGAGCAGCAUUUUACAGGACUACACGCGUCCCUGUGUGAUGCUAUUUCUGGCUCCGUGGCCCACUCUCCUCCAGAGAAGCUUCGCGAGUGGCUAGAGACGGCUGGGCCCUGGGGCCAGGCUGCGUGGCAAGACUGCCAGGGUGUGCAGGGGAUGCUGGCCAAGCUGCUGUCCCAGCUGCAGCGCUUCGAUCGCACCCACCGGUGCCCCUUCCCCCAUGUGGUGCGAGCUGGCGCCAUCUUCGUACCCAUCCACCUGGUGAAGGAGCGGCUCUUCCCUCGGCUGCCACCCGCUUCUGUGGACCAUGUGCUGCAGGAGCAUCGUGUGGAGCUGCGGCCCACCACGCUGUCGGAGGAGCGGGCACUGCGGGAGCUCGCCCUGCCCGGCUGCACGUCACGCAUGCUGAAGUUACUGGCACUGCGCCAGCUGCCCGACAUUUACCCCGACCUUCUCGGCCUGCAGUGGCGCGACUGUGUACGCCGCCAGCUGGGUGACUUUGACACUGAGGCUGGAGCUGUGUCCUCCUCAGAGCCCACUGUGGCCAGAGAUGAGCCAGAGAGCCUAGCCCUGGCUCGGAAGUCACCGGCCCCCAAGAUCAGGAAGCCACCAACCCCUGGCCUGGAGAAAGCAGAGGCAGCCGCUGGGGAAGAGUCCUGUGGUGCCUCCCCUACCCCUGCUGCCAGUGCCAGCCCACCUGGCCCCACACUGAAGGCCCGCUUCCGCAGUCUGCUGGAGACCGCCUGGCUCAAUGGCCUGGCUCUGCCCACCUGGGGCCACAAGUCCUCAAGACCAGACCGGCCCUCACCCUGCCCACAGCUGCUGGACAGCCAGAGCCAUCACCUGUAGCACUGGUUGCCGGUGCUGUGUGUAUAGCAGUCACUCUCCACCCUUCCCUUCUGCCUGCCCCGGGGCCAUGAGUGGAUGCUGGGGCCGUGGCUGCUCCCCUGGAGGGGUUCCAUCUCUGACCCUGGGGCCCACUCAGGGUGGGCUGAAGAGCCCCUGAGCUUUUAACGUGAGGGUCUUUAUUGGAUAGGACUACUCCCUAUUUCUUGCCUAGAGAACACACAUGGGCUUUGGAGCCCGACAGACCUGGGCUUGAAUCCCGACUUGUGUUCUUGCUGCAGGACCUGGGCAAGAAACUACACCUCUGCUGAGCCCUCAUUCCCCAUGUGUAAAAUGGGACAACGCAACCUACCUCACAGGGUUGUUGUGGGGAUGCUGCCUGAUACAUACCCUGUCACCAUUUGGUCUCUGCUUCCUCUCUGGGACAGGGCCUAGAAUUGGAGGCAGAGAACCUUCCUAUAGAAA